AUGGGUGAAAUGGAGCAAUUGCGAAAGGAGGCGGACAGUCUCAAAGACCAGAUCACUGUCAGUAGGCAAUUAGCUAAGAAAACCGUUUUGCUGUCAUCAGUGUUCAUCAUCAACAUCAUUAUGUGGCUUGUUUUUUUAAACCCCUCAAGUGUCUCAAUAUAUGAUUCAUAACCACAUCUUAAAUCAACACUGGCAGAAAGCGGAAAACCUGUGUUUGUGUUUCUCCUCUGAAGGCGGCACGAAAGGCAGUGCAGGACACAACUCUGCAAGAAGCAGCGGCGGGGGUUACUGUGGUGGGCCGAGUCCAGAUGAAGACCAGGAAAACACUGAGGGGUCACCUCGCCAAGAUCUAUGCCAUGCACUGGGGCACUGACUCCACGUAAAUACCCCACAAAUUAUUGUACAAAAAUGAUAGAAGUGGACUUUUUACAUCACACUGAACUGAGAUGUGAUAGAGUUGAAUUAAAUCAAGAUCAAAACAAGAGUAAGAUGAGAUAAAAGUGACUAAAUAUGUGCCAAAAGAAACUGGAAACACGGCUUCUAUCUGAUUCUUUUCGGUUUGUUUUCUUUGGCUGUCAUUAACAAGGUGUAUCUCUUUUUUUUCCUCCUGUUUUCUGUUAUUUCCUCAUCAGGCUUUGUGUCAGUGCUUCACAAGAUGGAAAACUUAUAGUGUGGGACAGCAUCACAACCAACAAGGUAGGAAAAAGCAAGAGAAAAGUGUGUUUUGAUCACAGGAAUUGUAGAAAAGGGCAAAAUGUCAACCCUGUGAAACCAUUGGAUAGCUGAAAAUGAAAUUGAUGCUGUUGGUGUGAAUGUCCAGAAGUUCACUUGAAACCUAGAUUUUCAAAGAAAAGACAAAAAUUUUGAAGUUAUACAAAGUACUUGUGAAAAAAGUAUGAGUAAACACAACAAAGGACAUUUUGAAGUGUUAUUCAUUAAAUGUGAGAAUAAUACACAUUCAUUCUUACUACUGUGCCUGUUUAGGACAGUCCUAGUUGAUCAGAUGUGGUUGACCAUACAAUCAAUCAGUUUUGCUAAAUUUUGAGUUCUCCCUCUGAAAGUAGAGACACAAACAAAAGUGUAUUGAUCUCUGAUGUUCCAUAACCCCUGUAUUUCUGAUGAAUGUGAUAAAUUCAUGUAGAAGGAUGGGGUUCAUUAGAGUUCCUCUAAGGGCUUGUAGGUGUUUUCAUCUUAUUUGGCUGUUGAUUUCCAUUGUUUUCUUGUGUUUUUCCAGGUGAAUGCCAUCCCUCUUAAGUCGUCAUGGGUGAUGACUUGCGCCUAUGCACCCUCAGGCAAUCUAGUGGCGUGUGGAGGACUGGACAACAUGUGCUCCAUCUACAACCUAAAGGGCAAAGAUGGAAACGUCAAGGUGAUGCGUGAGCUGGCUGCACACACAGGUAGGACAAACAAGUGAAGCCUUUUGCACGAGAAAGUCUCUCUUGGUUACACUGUGGCUCAAGGUGUCUCAUAUUUAAUUUCUGUGGUUUCCUAGGUUACCUGUCCUGCUGUCGUUUCCUCAGUGAUAGUGAAAUCAUCACCAGCUCUGGGGACUGCACUUGGUAAGAAUAAGUGAAAAAGUUAAUGUUAUUCUCCCUUCUACAGUUCAACUGUUAAUAAAUUCAUUAUUUGUCUCCUUCUAGUGUACUAUGGGACAUUGAGACAGGGACCCAAAAGACUGUCUUUGCUGGACACCAGGGAGAUUGCAUGUCUCUGGCUGUGUCCCCAGAUUUCAAGUUCUUCAUCUCAGGUGCAUGUGACUUCACAGCCAAGCUGUGGGACAUCAGAGAGGGUCAAUGCAGACAGACCUUUGGGGGCCAUGAGAGCGACAUCAACGCAAUCGGGGUAAGAAAGAAGAGGACUUGACCCUGACUUCUGUACCGGAGCUCUGGAUUUUCUUUCUCUUUGAUUGUAAUCUCUCACCCCUCUCUCAGUUCUUCCCAAAUGGUAAUGCGGUGAUAACAGGAUCAGAUGACGCCACCUGCAAGCUGUACGAUCUGAGAGCCGACCAGGAGCUCAUCACCUACCAGGACUCCAGCAUCAUGUGUGGAGUGACCUCUCUGGCCCCGUCCCUGAGUGGACGCCUGCUGCUGGCUGGCUAUGACGACUUCAACGUCAAUAUCUGGGAUGCACUGAAAGCGGAGAGAGUCGGUGAGAAAAUAGAAACAAGAGAAUUCACUGGAGCACCUAACACCUUAAUAGGAUGAUGUUCCACUGAGUAACUUUGGAGACAGGCCCUUCUUCACAACAUGCUUUUUUUUUAUUUUUUAUCCGUGUGUGUGUUUUUGUCUAGGAGUUCUUGCUGGUCACGACAACAGAGUGAGCUGUAUCGGCGUGUCCUCAGACGGCAUGGCGUGUUGCACAGGAUCCUGGGACAGCUUCCUCAAGAUAUGGAACUAA